GAAUUGAUCAAAAAGAAGAAGAUCUCCAGCGAUACGAGAUGGGAAGUUCAUCUUCCAAUAAUUUCUCCGUCCUGGUGCCCGCCUCCGAUCUGGGAAUCGACGCGCGCCCUUUCUCGUCCAAACAGGAUAGAGAAGGCGAUGAACAAGAGAAUUGGCACGACUGUUCGCAGCAAUUCUCAGACGAAGAUUUCUCCGAUCUCGAUUUCCUGCAGUUUUUCCGCCUUGAGGGCUCGGAUAAAUCUGGAAACCGCAUCUUCCGCAUUGUCGGAAAAUACUUUCCUGGUCAGUACCAAUACCCUUUUGUUGUUUUAAUUUAUUAUGCCUUUUUUUGGUUCACUGCUUUGUUUCUUAUUAGGUAAGUGAUUGAAUCUAUCCAAUUUAGUGACUUCAAUUUAGUUUUUUUUUUCAAAGAAUUGACUAGGGAACAGUUGAAAGAAGUAGUAAGAUGAAGAAGAACAAUCCGUUAGGAUUUAUUUAUUUAUUUUGGUGGAGAGGUGGGGGAUUUGGCUGUAACCUUAUUGCAUACUUGAAGUAUAGAGGAAAGGUAAACGGAGGACAUUCACUUUAGGUGUACCCAAUUCCUUUAGACUCGGUAAUAUUGUGGAUGCUAUUCUUGAGAUAGAAAAAAAAGUGAACUUUCUUU